UUUCCAUCAAAAUACUUGGUUUGACGUAAGAGCUGCAGUUAGUGAUGCUGGCGUGCUCUCUUCAGGAAAACCUGUGAAAAUUACCUGCCUGCGCUGAUCCGACCGUUUCAGUAAUUAAUAUGAACUAAUGCUUUCACCCACAUGUCCUAUUUGUAAAUGUUUUGGAUAAAAAACGGAAUAGAGUUUGAGAAGACACAUUGGAUUAGCGUUACAGGUUCAGGAAAAAAUGCGGUGCAUGGAAAUUUCGACCUUUUUUUCUUCCCCCUGAACGCAUCACGUCAGCCCCGCCGCCCUGGCUAGGAGGAUACAACCCGGGCAACCGCUGCCAACGAUGCAAUGCCCCGUCUCUCACAUGAAACACGGCCGAAGCUGGAGCCAUGGGUUUCCUCUUCAGCCUUGGAUGAAGUAAGAUAAGCUGGACCCCCACAACUCCACCAACUUGCCCCUGCCUCCAGCACGGGCCCCUCUCUCCCCAUCACCCUUUCCAGUCAUGGCAGGCUUCAAGCGGGGAUAUGAUGGCAAGAUCGCUGGUCUGUAUGACCUGGAUAAGACUCUGGGCCGUGGUCACUUUGCUGUGGUCAAGCUGGCACGUCACGUCUUCACUGGAGAGAAGGUGGCAGUUAAGGUGAUUGACAAGACCAAGCUGGACACAGUGGCAACCGGUCACCUCUUUCAGGAGGUCCGCUGCAUGAAGCUGGUGCAGCAUCCUAAUAUUGUGCGCUUGUAUGAAGUGAUAGACACUCAGACGAAGCUUUACCUCAUCUUGGAGCUUGGCGAUGGAGGAGAUAUGUUUGACUACAUCAUGAAACAUGAACAAGGUUUGAAUGAAGAGCUAGCUAAGAAAUAUUUUGCCCAGAUAGUCCAUGCAAUCUCCUACUGCCAUCGUCUGCAUGUGGUGCACAGAGACCUGAAGCCUGAGAACGUGGUGUUCUUUGAGAAACAAGGACUGGUUAAGCUUACUGACUUUGGAUUCAGUAACAAGUUUCAACCUGGGAAAAAGCUGACCACCAGCUGUGGAUCUCUGGCCUACUCCGCACCGGAGAUCCUCCUCGGGGAUGAAUAUGACGCUCCGGCUGUAGACAUCUGGAGUCUCGGUGUGAUCCUGUUCAUGUUGGUUUGCGGUCAGCCACCUUUCCAGGAAGCUAACGACAGCGAGACUCUGACCAUGAUCAUGGACUGUAAAUACACCGUACCAGCCCACGUGUCCAGAGCCUGCAAAGAUCUGAUAGACCAGAUGCUGCAGAGGGACCCCAAACGUCGAGCCUCCCUGGAGGAGAUAGAGAACCACACCUGGCUACAAGGAGUCGAUCCGUCUCCUGCCACCAAGUACAGCACCCCGCUGGUCUCCCACAAGCACCUCUCUGAGGAGGAGCACAACAGCAUCAUCCAGCGCAUGGUGCUCGGAGACAUCGCUGACCGGGAGGCUAUAGUCGAAGCCCUGGAGACCAACAAGUACAACCACAUAACGGCCACAUACUACCUGCUGGCAGAGAGGAUCCUGAGGGAGAAGCAGGAGAAGGACGUCCAGACCCGCUCCUCCAGCCCCAGCAACAUCAAAGCACACUUCAGGCAGUCCUGGCCCACCAGAGUGGACAUGCACCAGGACAUCGAGGACUCACUGGCAUCUUCAGCCAUCUCCCAUGCUGGAGGUCCUCAGUCCCCCGCUCGUAGUGCGGAGAACCUGCUGAACGGCCACCGCUCCAAAGGCCUGAUGGACCUGGGCCGACGGGAGGACAGCUCAGGGACCGGCUCCGUUGGACCUACAGCACAGGGAGCCUGUGCUGCUGCCCCCACCCCGGCUUCAGCCUCUGGGACCAUCAGAGCCGCGGCCCCCUCCACCUCUCAGGCAGCCACACGGAGGAUCUGCCUCUUCAGGGUGGAGGAGGAUGAAGAGGAGGAAGAGCAGGACCCAUCCCCCCUCCCGACCCACGUCAUCCUGCGACGGAAGCCCCCCUCCAUCACCAACCGCCUCACCUCCAGGAAGAGCGCCCCGGUCCUAAACCAGAUCUUUGAGGAGGAGGGCGAGUCGGACGAUGACUUUGACAUGGACGAAGGUCUGCCGCCCAAACUCAGCCGACUCAAGAUGAACAUGGCGGCAGGAGGCCUCAGCUCGGGGACCGCCUCCCCAGGACCCACGCAGAAACGCUACCAUCGACGCAAGAGCCAGGGGAGAGGCUCGUCGUGCUCCAGCUCAGAGACCAGCGACGAUGACUCGGAGAGCCACCGGAGGAGGCUGGACAAGGACUCGGGCUUCAGCUACAGCUGGAACCGGAGGGACAGCAGCGAGGGGCCGCCCGGCAGCGAGGGGGGGAACGGGGGAGGCAGCAGCUCGGGCCAGGGGAGACCCCCCUCAGAGGGAGGGGGCUCCUCGGGGCCUGACAGGGACAGUGCAGGAGGUAGUGGAGGAGGAGGGGGAGGAGGAGGGGGAAGUGGGGCGGGGGGAGGACAGGACAGCCCCUCCAGCUGUUGCAACAACAGCAGCACCUCCACGCCCUCCCUCAGCUCGCUGUCUCGGCCCUCGCGCACGGCCAGCCGCGGCGUGGAGCUGGUGGAGAGUCUCAAGCUGAUCAGUCUUUGCCUCAGCUCCCAGCUGCAGCACCACCGCACCGGGCGGGGGGGGCGAGCAGCAGAGGGAGGGGCCAAGUUCCUUGUAGACCCCCGCAGCGUGAAAAUUCAGGAAAAGUCCACCUGGAGGAUGUGCAUCGGCUCCACUGGGAGCCUGGACUCUAUCACACUCCCCACCGGCGCCACGCUACACCCCCACCAUGGCAGAGCGGCGCCUCACGGCCCCCCCAGCCUGCAGACUGGACCCCCCGUCAGAGACGUUAGCAGCAACCUGAGCGCCCUGAAGAGCGGAGUGCUGCAGCUACCUCUGUGUGAGAAGACCAUCUCUGUUAACAUCCAGGGGGGCAGCAGAGACGGGCUGCUCUGUAGCUCCGCCCCCGCCAGCUGUUGCCAGGUCAUCUGACUCCACCCUUCCAGAUUCUCGGCUGCACUUUGACCUUUCAGUUCCGAGGGUUCGGACCACUUGUGAAGCCGUGUGUUACUGAGAGACCAGUUGUUCUAAAAGUGGAAUCCUGUUUGGAGUGGUCCUGUCGCGUCGCUGCACUAGAACCGCUCCAUACAGCUGAAGCCCACUGGAACCGGUCUGAACCGGUUUUGACCCCAGGCCACAGAUCCGGACUUAAACCAUUUACGGUUAAAAGUAGAAACCAGAAGAAGCGUAGCGUCGUUCUUCCUGUCCGCUCCAUCAUGAAUGUAGAACUCUGACCUCCUGCAUGAACCUUUUCCCAACAUGACUUCAUUUCCUCCUCUUGACCUUUCGGUCACAACCUCACACACUCUGGGGGGCGAGCCUCAGCUGAACCUCCGGCAUGAGCUGCUGGUGAAGGUUCUCAGUCAUCCAGGUCAUGAAAGGACACCAUCCCACCUGCUCUGUGUGUGUGUGUGUGUGUUUUCACUGAAGCAGCUUCACGUCGAGUCAAACCAGGAGGUGUGUGUAUUAAGGAGCAUCUUAGUGUCGAUACUGUAGCGAUGAGGCGUUCUGCUAAGAUAAGCUGAUUUUAUUCAUCAAUGCUGUUUAGAGCAUUAGCUGUGCGUGAGUGUGUGUGUGUGUGUGCGUGUGUGUGUGUACGCGUGUGUGUUAGGGGUUGUAUGGACUAGUCGACCUCACGGCUCUGUAGUGACUCCUUAUGCCUGUCAUCGACUAGUCGCUGUCACGUGAUAAUGACAAGAUGCAUUCCUCGGAAAAGACAGCAGGUGACGAGCUCCUGCACGUCGGGAUCGAGGCGGAGGCGAGGCGCUGUGCCAGAGCGUCGGUACUGACACCCGCCGUAAAACGGACAUUUAACCAAAUUGUGACCUUUACCCUCUUGCAAUUUAACCUUCUCCUCACCCCCAUCCUAACCUUAACCAGCUUGCACAUGCAAAGCUCUGAUAGUUGACGCGCUCCAGACAUCUGCGUCCUGAGCACGGCUACAGUAACAUCAUCACAUCAGGUGUCGCCAUCUCAAAAACUAAUUUAACACGCGAUCGUUGAUGUCGGCUCAUUUCCUUUCAUGUUUUCUGUCUUUUAUUCUUUUAUUUGUGCCUGAUGCGUCCCGCUGCUGUGGAGCGGGGUGCAUCACCUGUUUUCUCCUUUGGUGACUUUACCUCAUUGGUGUGGCCGGCAAGCAGCAGCACUCCGCUGUUUUUGCGGUCGGUAGAUGUUUUAGAACUGCAGUUCAAAGGUAACUCAUGAGGUGAAUAUAUAUGAACCCAGGCAGCAGUUUUUCUUUAGGACUGAGAGGAGAUGCAGGAAGAUAAUAAACAGGCAGGACAGAAAAAUAGUCAAAUAAAAACAAGUUAGUUUUUGUACCUGCUGGUUGCAACAAACAGACACCACUGAAGGUAAUCAGAAGUGAGGAACAGAAAAUGAAAUAAUUAUUUUAAUGUUUAGAGCAGCAGGAACUCCGAGAGGCUGCAGGCGCAUCAGUGAGUUUGCGGCCGCUGCGCAGGGGGAGGGGGCUGAAGCAGGGGGAGGGGGGAGAGGGCUGAAGCAGAAACUACCGUUGUUAAAAGAAAUGUGUUUAACUUUGGAAAUGUGGGCGCAAUUUUAAUUGUCAAAAACUCCAGCGAACCAACUGACAACCCCCCCCCCCCCCCCCCCCCGCUUCAGGUGUAUGACGUCAUCAACGACUAGUCGAAGUCGACUCGAUUUUCAUUACUUGACUCUCGACUUUUAAAAAUAUUAAGUCGUGCAACCCCUAGUGUGUGUGCGUGCGAGCUGAUGAUGCAGAUGAGUGAGGAGAGUGGAAUUGUGGGUAAUAUUUUAAAGGGCAUUGGCAAUAAGCUAAAGCGUGUGUUGCAGCUAACUGUACAGAAACGUCUUUCUUUCGCUUCAUCUUUUAUUUUAUUCCGAAUACUUUCAGCCUCUGUGUGGCUUCUUCGAACUCGAAAGGGACAAAAAGAAUAUUUUAAUGUUUUUGUUUGAGAUUUCUUUAAGAACCAAAUGUAAAUAGUUGUAAAUAUGUCGCUCUCUCUCCAUCGCUGGUCUCAGUGCAUAGCUGUACAGUAAACCUAGCCUUAUCAUUAUUAUUAGUAAUACUGAGUGGAUGUCGGCUACAACUAGAAGUUUUCCUUCGUACCUCCGGGUCCUCUGCACUGUUGUCUAACUCGGCUGUAUCCAGGUGAAUCAUGUGCAUGUGUUUGUGCUCGCUGGCAGAACGAGCAGAGAAUCAACCGCAGACCUUUUAUUGGACCAAAUGGUAACAGGAGAAGAGUAGGGAUGGAACAAAACUUCAGUGUAAUAUUCUGUAGUUAUCUGUUGUCAGACAUUACAUAUAGCUAUGUUAAUAUCCAAAUAUAAAUGCAACACUGUCUCAUG